AUGGCAGAUAUCCACGUAGAUCAGAACGAGGCCGGGAUGCUCUUAUCCGCUCUCACAAUGGCUCUAAACAACUGUAACUGCACGAUUCCAGCGUUUGUUCCUGUUCUCGAACCUUCUCGAGGGUCCUGGAUUGGCUCUGCUGUGCCUGGAGCUACCGGAAACGUCUCCAUGGCGUUCGAAACGGACUCUGUACCGGAAUUAAACCCCAACCAGAGCUGUAUUAGUGGGUUAUUGGAUUUCUUUAAGGCGAAAUUACAAUUAUCGCCUCAAACUGAAGAAAUGUGUCGUGUGGAAGCCGACGAAUCGGGAGACGUAGCACUAGGAAUGAUGGUCUCUGCGUCGUUCGGGUACUCUUGGCUUCGCAGGGAUGAUCCUCGAGAAAUAGUGAGCUCAGAGAACCCUCUAGCAUGGAGGACAUUAGAGUCCCACUUCUCAGCUAAGGAACAGCUCCAGAUCCGCCAGAUUACUACUAUUCUCUUCGGAGACCACCAUCCAACGCCGUUACUAGGCACGAGUACGACUCCUCUAGAAGGAAUGGACCUCACAGUCAGCUGGCCGCAGCUACGUGAAGGCACGUAUGUUGACAAUGUGGUACACUCAACAUUGGACCCAAAUUCUGCUCCUCGGUGGAUGUUGAAUGUACGUUUCCAAGAGUUACUAUCAGAAAACCAGAGGAAGCCACAGCUGCCACUGAGCAAACAAGUGGCCAACUUGGUGCAAGUUUAUUCCAACUCGAGAGAGUUAAACAAAGACAUGUUGGUGUCCGAGUUGGCGCCCCCUAUGCCAGCUAUAUCGAGGCCACCUGUUUCCACAGCAUCGAGUGCUAGUGAAGCCAGUGACGAGACGCAGCUGUCGAGUAUUCCAGAGUCGAUUCCUGCUGCUCGAGGCGCUGCGGUUGUGCUGGGUCAUGCCAUCUCAAGUCUCGUGUCAGCUGCGACGUGGAAAGGCUCGGAUAUUGACGAGAUCCGACGGAUUGUCGCCGAGUUAUUUGAUGAAGAAGACGAUGAACGUGGAGAACGUCGUAAGGGGAACACGGAGCCGGCGUUGACGAUGUCAAGCUCUAUUGAACAUGGCGCUCCGUUGGGAGAACUGGUGGCUAUCUUGGCGACCAGGAUGGCUCAACUACACGGAAUCAACUCCAUGUCGUUGCUCUGGGUCGAGUUUGUCAAGGCGCUAAGAGAGCGAUGGUUCCAGCAGCAAUUACUCCCGUUCAUGAGUAGUCGUACGAAAGAGGGCGAAGAGGAGCGUAACACGAGCUCGCACUCAUUGGACGCAUUGUUCUUACUGGACAUGGACGCCAUGCAACUGCCUCCUCCCGACUUCCGUCACUGCCUUCUACACCAGAAACUUCAGCUACUCAACUGCUGCAUCCUCAGUCCGAGCGACGACGAGUUCUUCGACUCGAUAGAGCAGGAUAGCACUCCUCUACCGUCCCCGUCUCGAGCCACAAGACUCCCGGAAGGAGUUGUCCGUGAAGUGCCAGGCGUUGUGUGUCUCCAGACGAACGAACCGCUACUGGAACCUGUGACGCAGAGUGCUGUACCUAUGACGGAAGACGUGGCCAAACAACAACAAGAUCUCUUAACUCGCUUGGGCGUUAGCGUGGAAUCCGAUAAGCUACGUCAACAGAUCCAGAGCACGACGCUGAUCUCGGACAUGCAGGCGUUUAAAGCUGCCAAUCCGCGCUGUUGUCUGACCGAUUUUAUCCGCUGGUACUCGCCUAAGGACUGGAUUCCGUUCAAGACUCGGAUUGAUCCCGAGACAACCGACUUACCGCAACAAGGUCGAGGUGUUUGGUGGUUCGAAUCGCACGGAAUGCUGUCCGAACGCAUGCGUUUCGGACCCGGACACGAGCAUAUCUGGCAGCAAAUGUGGGACACUAGCGUCCCGAUGCCUGCGAGUCGUCAGAAACCCUUGUUUGACCCGGUCCAGGAGUCCGAAAAAGUGUAUCAUUACAUGGAGACUCUCUCUCCGCAUGAGCUGUUCCAUCAGAUGUUGGCAGGUGCCAUUUCUAGCAGUGUAUUCGCGUUGGAGACAGCUCUCCCAGUGCGUGUAUCGGUCGAUACGUUGCCUGUGGUUCACCGAGCCUUACAGAGCCUCCGCUCGCUGGCAAACCGUGCGAUUGCGUUGAUGGAUGACGCACUGGAAGAGUCUCAAGUGGCGUUCCCAGCAGCAAGUAACAAGCAGACAACAGCAGCAGCACAGCAAGUUCAACAGCUCCAAGUGGCGUUCGAGAUGGCGUUGGAUGCGUGCUGGAAGCUCGUGCGAUCAUUGGAAUGUGUGGAAGCCUUGGUGACGAAGGCGUUGGCUUUGUUUCACUACUUUCCCGUAACAAAUGACGAUGCCUCGUCACUUGAACUGGUGAAUCUACUGCUUGUGUCUGUACGUUCGCAUCGCCAACAAGUGGAAAUCUCGGAAUUGCUGGAGCGACAACAUGUGCGGCAACAAGUAGCUGCUCUUGUGCUCACUAGCGCAACGCUGCCAGAAGCUGGAGCAAUGAUUGCACCUGUCCAGCGCGAAAUACUACGAUGA